CCUCCUACAACAACACGAAGCGCGUGUUACUUCCGGGCUCUAACCGGACUGAGAACCGAUGGAUGAAUGAACGCACGGAGCUGUCUGAGGCAGUGCUUGAACCUAGCGACGCUGACUGUGGGUCUCUCCGCUGCUGGGUCCUGGAUGAAGUGACAACCGGGCGGAGACAUUCGCCGGAGAACUGUGGAGACCUGUGGCCAUUUUUUAAAACGGAACAGAGGAUACGACUGUAGCCGCAAGAGCAGGAGCUUCCUCCUCACUCUCUUCCCCCAUUGCUCGUCGUAGCUUCACAAAGAUGAAGUUAAAAGAGGAUCUGAACCCUCUGCUGCUGCUCCUCUUCCAUCUCGUGGUGUCGAUCUACACAGUCGUCACCUUCCUGCCCUCCUACCUCCUCAGCCUGGUCUCCGGCCCCGACAGGAGCUUCUACGGCUCAGAGGAGGAGCGAGCCAACAGGGCGAAGGCUCGAUCGGUGCUGGGACGUCCCGAGGGACCCUACCGGGCGGUGUGCGCCACCAAGAGGUUGGUUGCGUCGCUGCACCCCGGAGUGGACACUCUAGACAAGGUCUUUGAAUACGCGGCCAAAAGGUUCCCCCACAGAGACUGUCUCGGGACGAGGGAGGUGAUAAGUGAGGAGGACGUGGAACAGGACAACGGGAAGGUGUAUAAGAAGGUGGUUCUAGGAGAGUACCACUGGCUCUCAUACAAGGAGACUCUCACAGCAGCGACGCAGCUCGGCAGCGGUCUGGCAUCGCUGGGGCAGAGGCCAAAGACCAACAUCGCCAUCUUCUGUGAGACACGAGCAGAGUGGAUAAUAGCGGCCCAGGCCUGCUUCACCUACAACUUCCCAUUGGUCACCCUUUACUCCACGCUGGGAGGUCCCGCCAUUGCCCACGGGCUGAAUGAGGCUCAGGUUAGCCACAUCAUCACCAGCAGAGAGCUCCUGGAGACGAGACUCAAGGCCAUCCUGAUCGAAGUACCGAGGCUGCAGCAUAUCAUCGUAGUGGACGACGAGCCGACCACAUGGCCCGGCUACCCACGUGGCAUCACUGUCCACAACAUGGCCGCCGUUCGAAAGCUGGGAGCCCAGACUGAAAAUGCCACACGUGAGCGUAAGCAGCCGCUGCCCUCGGACAUUGCGGUCAUCAUGUACACCAGCGGAUCCACGGGCAUUCCCAAGGGCGUCAUGAUCUCCCACAGCAACAUCAUCGCUGGCAUCACGGGAAUGGCGGAGAGGAUACCCAACUUGUGUGAGGAGGACACAUACAUUGGCUACCUGCCUCUUGCCCACGUACUGGAACUGAGUGCAGAGCUCGUCUGUAUUGCCCACGGCUGUAGGAUCGGCUACUCUUCACCUCAAACUCUUGCUGACCAGUCAACCAAGAUCAAGGCAGGAAGCAAGGGAGACACCAGCGUCCUGCAGCCCACUCUGAUGGCAGCUGUCCCGGAGAUCAUGGACCGUAUCUAUAAGAACGUCAUGACCAAAGUCGAGGAGAUGAGCUUCGUGCAGAGAACACUCUUCAUUCUGGCGUACAACUACAAACUGGAGCAGCUCAUCAAAGGACACAGCACACCACUGUGUGACAGACUGGUGUUCAAGAAGAUUCGCUCUCUGCUGGGAGGUCGAACGCGGGUCUUGUUGUCAGGUGGAGCGCCACUGUCUGCGGCCACGCAGCGCUUCAUGAAUGUGUGUCUCUGCUGCCCAGUCGGUCAAGGGUACGGCCUGACGGAGACCUGCGGUGCUGGAACCAUCAGCGAGCUGUGGGAUUACAGCACUGGGAGAGUGGGCGGCCCGCUGGUUUGCUGUGAGAUCAAGCUCAAAGACUGGGUGGAGGGUGGUUACCGUAGCACUGACAAGCCCCAUCCUCGAGGAGAGAUCCUCAUUGGCGGACCCAACGUGACCAUGGGAUACUACAAGAGGGAGGGCAAAAACUCGGACGACUUCUUGGUGGACGAGAACGGCCAGCGGUGGUUCUGUACGGGAGACAUCGGAGAGAUUCAGGAAGACGGGUGCCUCAAGAUUAUUGAUCGUAAGAAAGACCUGGUGAAGCUCCAGGCGGGAGAGUACGUGUCCCUGGGCAAGGUGGAGGCCAUGUUGAAGAACUGCCCUCUGAUCGACAACAUCUGUGCCUAUGCCAACAGUGAUGAAACGUACGUGAUAGGCUUUGUGGUCCCUAAUCAGAAGCACCUGCUGGCUCUGGCUGGUGAGUACGGGAUCCGCGGGUCAGUGGAGGAUCUGUGCAACAGCAAGGCCAUGGAGGAGCUGGUCCUGAAGGUCAUCACCGAGGCUGCGCUAGCAGCCCAGCUAGAGCGCUUUGAGAUCCCCCGCAAGAUCCGCCUGAGCCCCGACCCGUGGACCCCUGAGACGGGAUUGGUGACCGACGCGUUCAAGCUCAAGCGCAAGGAGCUGAAAACGCAUUACCAGGACGACAUCGAGAGGAUGUACGGCGGGAAAUAGAGAACCAGGACCAGCACGGCGUAGUUUACCCUCAGAGCACAGAUCUGAACAACACUUUCCUGUGAAACCCAGUGCUCUCUCACCCUUCCUCCUACUCUCUACCCCAUCAGUGAAAGAGCCACAGCAACCCAAAAAUCUGUGGUAAAUCUAAAUAAUCCUAAAAUCUCAAAGAAAGAAGGAUUAACUGGCUUUUGCGGCUUUUACUUGAAUUUGUUACAAAAAGGCAGGCUGACAAAAUGCUUAUAGAAAAACACACGAGGUCCCUGUCCGCUUACUGUCAAGGUGUGAGACCCCUGCGUUUUUUUUUUUUUGUUUCUUUAUUGUUCCAGAUGUGAGUUAUGAAACAGGCUGAAGUCGCCUGUUGAACUCGUGUCAUUGCCACAGCUGAAGCUCAGGUCGGUUUGUCGCCUCAUCGCUUUGCUCUCACGCGCGUACGUCUCCUUUUCAUUCCCCUCAGAGCUCUCGACUUAUAGCGUUUAAAUUCCUUCUCGUGUUCUGUUUGCAUUUCCUGCGGGUCAGGAGAUGGUUCUUUUUUUUUCUUCUUUUUUUUUUCUUCUUCGUCUUCUUGCCUUUUACUUGUUUUGAGUUCCGCGAGCGGUUUAUUUUGUCUCCCACCCACAGUCAAGAGUGUGACUUUCACACUCGUGGGACGUCUCUCCCGUCAGCACAUCUUGAGCGCAAAGUCGUUCGAGGGCAAAUAAGGGCAGGUCGGUCAAAAAAAAAAAAAAAAAAAUCCUGAGCUGCGUUCGAAUGAUUCACGCCCUUCGACGGCGAGUCUUGUUUAGGAAAAUGACAAACACUUGCAACUGCUCGGCUUAUUUAAAAAGAAACAGAGAUGCACUGUUGUUUACUCUAUCGAAUUCUCCUUGUGACAGAUUAGACUUUUCUGUGUGCACAUUUACUUGCUUGUUUCACAAUGGAAAUUACAGUGUAAUCAUCGCGGCAUUUGAUAAAUCACAGCGCAAUAGGAAAAUGUGCCAUUUCUGCCUGUCAGGCAGGCGGGACAUAAACACAACUUUCCAAAUGUGUGUGUGCGUGUGUGUGUGUGUGGUGCGGUAGCUGAAUAAUGAGCACAAAUCAGUUAUUCUGUUUAAAGCCUCGUCUCCGUGCCUAUUUUCUGUCAUUUGCAUGAGAAUGACAGUGACUCAUCAUGUCCAUACACAGCACAAACACGGCCCCAGCAUCCCUCACAAUGUGACACCUGUUGCCUUUUUUGUGAUUCCGAACUGCGCCUUCGUAAUUUCUGACCGAUUUUUAAUCUGUUUCAUAAUCGCACUCGUGUGGAGCUGUGAUCAGCAGAGGAAGCAGCUGUGUAAUGUCUAUUUUAACUUAAGCUAAAUGACCAGAGAACAAUUUUGGAGCUCCACUCCCUUUCUCUUUGUAGAAAAUCUGCCUUGUAACAUACUGUAAGUGCAUCCGACUAUUUAUUUGUAAUUUGCCUUUGAAAACGUACUCAAAUGAAGUAAAUAAAGAUUGUGUUUGGUCUA